AGUAUUAUUAAGGGGUAAGAAAAAGAAGAAGAUGAAAGCGGCAGUGGUGGGUGGUGGAAUAAGUGGAUUGGUUUCAGCAUAUGUGUUGGCCAAAGAAGGAGUGAAUGUGACUCUUUAUGAGAAAGAAGAUUAUUUGGGAGGCCAUGCAAAAACUGUGAAUGUUGAUGGUAUUGAUUUGGACCUUGGAUUCAUGCUCUUCAACCCGGUAACUUAUCCUAAUAUGAUUGAAUUCUUUGAGAAUCUCGGAGUUGACAUGGAAUUAUCAAACAUGUCAUUCGCUGUGAGCCUUGAUGGUGGCUGUGGCUACGAAUGGGGCAGCAGAGAUGGUUUCUCUAGCCUGUUUGCGCAAAAGAAAAAUGUGAUCAACCCUUACUUCUGGAAAAUGGUUAGAGAAAUUAUUAAAUUCAAAGAUGAUGUUAUAAGCUAUCUUGAUAUGCUUGACAACAAAUUGGAUAUGGACCGCAAUGAGACCUUGGAAAAUUUCAUAAAGUCAAAGGGUUAUUCUGAAUUAUUUGUGAAGGCCUACCUUAUUCCAAUUUGUGGUUCUAUAUGGCCAUGCUCUUUUGAAAGGGUUAUGAGCUUUCCUGCUUUGUCAGUUCUCUCCUUCUGUCGCAAUUUCCAACAUCUUCAGCUACUCUUUGGAAGACCACAGUGGCUAACUAUUAAAGGUCGCUCGCACACUUAUAUUAAGAAGGUCAAAACAAAGCUUCUUGAUAGAGGUGUUCAAGUAAUAGCUAAUUGUGAGGUUGAAUUGGUUUCAUCAUCAGAAAAAGGGUGUGUUGUGCAAUGCAAAGAUGGUUCCAGAGAAAUAUACGAAAGCUGUAUAAUUGCAACACAUGCACCAGACACUUUAAGAUUACUAGGAGAUGAAGCGACAUAUGAUGAGCGAAGAAUUCUUGGUGCUUUUCACUAUGUAUAUAGUGAUAUUUUUCUUCAUCGUGACAAAAGUUUAAUGCCUAAAAACCCAAAAGCUUGGAGUGCAAUGAAUUUUCUUGGAUUUCAGAACAGUACAGUUUGUUUGACAUAUUGGCUCAACAUUCUUCAGAAUAUUGAUAAAACAAUAUUACCCUUUCUUGUAACUCUGAAUCCAGACCAUACCCCGAAAAAUACCUUGCUCAAGUGGUCAACUGGACAUCCAAUUCCAUCAGUUGCUGCAUUCAAAGCUGUACAAGAACUUGAAAGUAUUCAAGGAAAAAGAAGAAUUUGGUUCUGCGGUGCCUACCAGGGUUGUGGAUUUCAUGAAGAUGGAUUGAAGGCUGGUAUGGUUGCUGCAUAUGGCAUUCUUGGAAGAUGUUGUUCUCUUCGGACCAAUCCAAAACACAUGGAACCUUCUUGGAAGGAACUCGGAGCACGUCAUUUCGUGACGAGAUUCCUAAAUUCCUAUAUUACUACUGGAUGUUUAAUUUUAUUGGAAGAGGGAGGAACAAUGUUUACCUUUGAAGGAAACAAUAUGAAGCACUCUUUGAAGUGUGUUAUGAGAAUCCAUAGUCCUCAAUUUUAUUGGAAGGUUAUGACAGAAGCUGAUUUAGGUCUUGCAGAUGCAUAUAUUAAUGGAGACUUUUCCCUUGAUGAUAAAGAUAACGGUCUUUUGAAUCUUUUUCUGAUUUUCAUCAAAUCAAAUACAGAUUCAUCAAAUGCUUCAAACUCAAAAUUAAAAAAGAAUAGGGGUUGGUGGACACCAAUUUUCCUUACAGCUGGUUUAGCAUCUGCAAAGUUCUUCUUUAAGCAUUACUUUAGGAAAAAUACUCUUGCACAAGCUCGUCGCAAUAUCUCUAGACACUAUGAUCUGAGCAAUGAACUAUUUGCACUAUUCAUGGAUGAAACAAUGACAUAUACAUGUGCAGUGUUCAAGAAUGAAGAUGAAGACUUGAAAGAUGCACAACUGAGAAAAAUGUCUCUUCUCAUUGAGAAAGCUAGGAUAGACAGCACACAUGAAGUUCUUGAUCUCGGGUGCGGAUGGGGAAGUUUUGCCAUUGAAGUUGUCAAACGAACUGGAUGCAAAUGUACUGGCAUCACUUUGUCUAAGGAGCAACUGAAAUUUGCAGAAAAAAGAGUUAGAGAUGCUGGACUUCAGGAUAAUAUCAAAUUUCUACUGUGUGAUUAUCGUCAACUACCAAAGACAUUCAAAUAUGAUAGGAUUAUAUCUGCUGGAAUGAUAGAAGCAGUUGGUCAUGAAUAUAUGGAAGAUUUUUUCGGUUGUUGCGAAUCAAUAUUAGCAGAUGAUGGCCUUCUAGUUCUCCAGUUCAUAUCAUGUCCGGAUGAGUCUUAUGAUGAGCACAGGCGUAGUGGUGGGUUUAUAAAGGAAUAUAUUUUUCAAGGGGGAUGCCUACCCUCCCUAAGUAGGGUAACAUCAGCCAUGGCAGCUGCAUCAAGACUAUGUGUGGAGCAUGUUGAGAAUAUUGGAAUCCAUUACUAUCAAACAUUAAGGUGGUGGAGAAAGAGCUUUAAGGAAAAUCAGAGUGAAGUUUUGGCUCUUGGGUUCGAUGAAAAGUUUAUUAGGACAUGGGAAUACUAUUUUGAUUAUUGUGCUGCAGGUUUUAAGUCACGAAUACUUGGAGAUUACCAGAUGGUUUUCUCACGGCCUGGCAACACCAAUACACUCAAAGAUCCAUACAGAAGUUGGCCCUCAGCAUGUUAAGAACAAGCCAUGACACAUAAUAGCAUACCAUAUUGCAAGUUUUUUUUUUUUUGACAAAUG